UUGGCUGAUAAGACCAGCAUUGCCAGCCUCAGCCAAGACAUCCUAGCGUACGUGGCAACGCUAGAGAUUAGGUACGGCGAAAAGGAACAGGAGGUAACGGCCUUAAAGCUUAAGUGUGCGCAGCUGGAGCUUUCGGUUGCUCAAGCCCAGACCCUACCUGCCCAUCCUAUCCCCUGUGUGGCCUCUUCAACUUCUUCUGCUGACAGCUAUGCCUCCAGAUUGAAGCUGCCUAAGGGUAAGCCACCACUCUGUGUCCAGUCCAAGGGCCCGGCUGUAAUUGUUUACCCAAACAAUGAGGCGAUAAAGUCGUCGGAUGAGACCAAAACCGAGUUGCAGAAGGCAGUUCAGCCUGGCACCCAGGGCAUAAAAAUUCACAGUGUACGGAAAGUUGGGAACUCCGGCAUUGUGGUACAGACAGCGACUGUCGAGGCUGCCCAGAAAUUGAAGGCAGCGGUUCCGCCAUCUUUAAAGGUUUCCGACCCGAAAAGUAGGCGCCCACUGGUAGCAGCGCGCAAUUUGCGCUCGGACCCACCAGCCACUGACUUCCUAGAAGACUUGUACAGGAUCAAUCUGAGUGAUGACCCGGACUGGCCUAAGGACAAGUUCAAUGAGUCCUGCAGAGUUGCCUUCAAGAAGGGCCGCAGAAAUGGACCACGCACCACAGUAGUUAUGGAGUGCACAUCUGCGUUGCGUGAUAAAUUGUUCGGCCUUGGCAGCGUCUUUAUUGGUUGGGACGAAGCAGCAAUACGGCCAUCCGGAGAAGCAUUGCAGGGCGGCAUCGAUGGUGUGCGGCAAAUGUGGCGAGACUGGGCAUCGUGCCGCAGAGUGCCAGUCGGCUACACAGUGUUGCGCCACAUGCAAGCGCUUUAA